GGUACAGUAGAGCUCUCGGGGUAUAAAGCCUGGCACUAAGGAUGUUCCCUCACCGUUACCACCAUGAAGGUCUUGGUGUUGUGUGCUCUCCUGGCCCUCGCUGCCGCCUCGCCAGACUUGGGUUUCCAAAGUGACGAUCCUGGUGAUGUAUCUGAUGAGCAAAAACAACACGACAUCAAUUUUCUACUAUUUAAGGUAUAUGAGGUCCUCCGUGAUGAAAAGCUGAAACAUGCUGCUGAAACCUUCGACCCAGAAGCCGACAUAUCUCACUACAAUGACGGUGGAGCUGCCGUCCACAAGCUAGUAAAAGAACUGAAGGAUGGCAGACUUCUGGAGCAGAAACACUGGUUCUCUCUCUUCAAUACACGACAACGUGAAGAGGCACUUUUGCUCUAUGAUGUUUUGGAACAUUCUAAAGACUGGAAAACCUUCUCCAACAAUGCUGCUUAUUUCAGAAAAUACAUAAAUGAAGGAGAAUUUGUUUAUGCCUUGUAUGCAGCAGUGAUCCAUUCUUCACUCACUGAAAACGUUGUGCUUCCUCCACUCUACGAAGUAACCCCACAUUUGUUCACAAACAGUGAAGUUAUCCAACAAGCCUAUCAGGCAAAGAUGACUCAAACCCCGGGCAGAUUCCGCUCACACUUUACUGGCAGCAAAAAGAACCCAGAACAACGUGUGGCUUAUUUCGGUGAAGAUAUUGGCUUGAAUACCCAUCACGUUACAUGGCAUUUGGAGUUCCCAUUCUGGUGGGAGGACAAACAUGAAGGUCACCACCUGGACCGCAAGGGUGAAAACUUCUUCUGGGUACAUCACCAGCUUACUGUUCGUUUUGAUGCUGAACGUCUCUCUAACCACCUAAAUCCCGUGGAAGAGAUUAACUGGGAUAAACCCAUCAAAGAAGGCUUUGCUCCUCAUACAUCAUAUAAACAUGGUGGUUAUUUCCCUUCUCGUCCUGAUAACAAGAAGUUUGUUGAUGUGGAAGGUGUUGCACGUAUUCGAGAUUUGAAAAUUUUGGAUAAUCGAAUCCGUGAUGCAAUUGCUCAUGGUUACAUCACUGCCAAAGAUGGAAGCAGCAUUGAUCUCAGGAACACUCAUGGUAUUGAUGUACUUGGUGAUGUUAUUGAGUCGUCAGCAUACAGUCCUAACCCCGGCUAUUACGGUGCUCUCCACAACACAGCUCACAUAGUGCUUGGUCGCCAGGGAGAUCCUCAAGGAAAGUACAACCUUCCUCCAGGUGUUCUGGAACACUUUGAAACGUCUACUCGUGACCCGGCCUUCUUCAGGCUUCACAAAUAUAUGGAUAAUAUAUUUAGAGAACACAAGGACUCCCUCACUCCAUACACUAAAGAAGAACUGGAGUUCCAUGGUGUAGACAUAGAGAACUUCUGCACUAGUGGACUACUUGAAACUUACUUUGAAGAUUUCGAAUACAGCUUGAUCAAUGCUGUUGAUGAUACAGUAGACAUUGACGAUGUUGAAAUUUCCGCUUAUGUACCUCGUUUGAAUCACAGAGAUUUUACUUUCAAUAUCGACGUCAACAACCACAAUGAUCACGAAGUCUUGACCGCAGUUCGCAUCUUCGCAUGGCCAAACCGUGACGACAACGGCCUUAAGUACUCCUUCAAUGAAGGACGAUGGAACGCCAUCGAACUGGACAAGUUCUGGACUAAAUUGAGACCAGGUUAUAAUAAGAUCGUCCGCAAGUCCAAAGACUCAUCUGUGACUGUUCCUGACAUUCCAAGUUUCCACUAUUUGAUGGACAGAACUGAAGAAGCGCUUGCGCGUGGCAGGAAGUUCGACCUUCACGAGUACGUGAGUGCACUUGGACUACCCAACAGGUUCCUGCUACCCAAGGGAAACCGCAGAGGACUUGAACUUAAAGUAGUGGUCGCUCUCACCGACGGCGAAGCUGACGCAGCCGUGGAGGAUCUACAUACAAGCACAAAAUUCAACCACUAUGGCUACCGAGGAGUGUAUCCCGACAACCGACCACACGGCUACCCACUGGAUCGUCGUGUUGACGAUGAACGCAUCUUCUACCGCCUUCCUAACUUCCAAGGAAUCACCGUCAAGGUCUUCAACCGAGAUUAAAAGUGAACUCUUUCUUUUAUAUUCAUAUCUGCUUGAUAAUUGAAUGUGAUAUUGUUAUUUGUGGUCAUGGAAACAUUUCAUACCCGUCAGUUAUAAUAUCGCUCAGUCAGCAGUUACGGCAGUUCCAAAGGUUUCUUUCCAGCAGACCUGCAGUUACCAUUUAAAUAAAUAAAAAAAAAACUCUAAAUAUUCUCUUUGUGAAGGUUUUUCUGUACUUUAGGACAAUUCGUCCACUUGGAUAGUGAUUCUUUUAUUCCUUAUUCAUUUAUGCCAAUAAUUAAAUUUACAUAUUACUGCUUAUUGCAAAUAUAAAACUGAGGUAUAGACGCAUGUGCAAGCAAAAUUAUACUCGACUGCCUUUUCCUAGGUGCAAAAAAAAAAGUAGUAUUAAUAAUCUAAAUAUUCUACCUUAAGUAAUUAAAUUUUUUUUUCACUGCAAGGCGUACUAACACGGAGAGUUUACUGUCAUGCCUUUUAAAGGAACAUGAUUCAGUUGACAGGCUUCAAAUCUAACCACUAAUAAACCAGAAGUAACAUAUUUCCUGAUUAUUUCUGAGACAAACUUCGAAACGUGGUAUAAAGACACGUAAAGCAGAGAAUGCCUUUAUUUUUUGACGACGCUUACCUCUGGAGACAGCUUUAUCAAGUCAUAUGUAAUAAGGUUCAAUACUGAGCAAAUAAAAUAAAAUUAAUUCCUCCUUCCCUAUUUUUUUUAGUCAUUUGUCAGCUUGUUUCCUUAGUUACUCACAUAUCCUCUCCUUUUCAACCUUAAUUAGAAAAAUUUCUCUAUCGUGACCAUAAAAAUUUCCAUAUAUCCAUCGAUAAUAUAAUUCAAUAAAUCUUUUUAAUAUU